UCCGUCUCUCUAAGGACCAUCAUGCAGACGCUGAGAGAGAAGAAGACUUUGUUAACGGAGAUCCUGUCUGCGGACUCCAGCUACAUCCUUCAGCAUGUGCAGCAGGAGAAAAUAGUGACUCAGCGGGACUACAAAAACCUAAACAUCCCCAAUCAGUCCGAUGAGAAGACUGUCAUCAACCUGCUGGAUAAAGUGAUGAAUAAAGGAGAUACAAAAUGCUGUGAACUCGUGAACCUGCUGCAGAAACCAGAUAUUAUACACAACUACCCUAGACUGGAGGAAAUAUUCAACAACCACCCAGCACCCAGUGACCCCACCUUCAACCCAGCCCCAACAGUUCCAAUUCCCUGUACAGGUACCACACACACUGACUACUAGUACUACUAGCUUUGCACCACGACUCUGUCAUUGUUUACUGACACAACCACCAGACAGUACAGAUUACACACUACAUGACUAGACUAAUUUACAGAUCAAUCAACUGACAUCAGUGCUACUGUUCUACUGUAUUAGAUAGCUGGUAUCAGGUAUCUAACUGUGUUUUCUGUGUUUUCUAGAUACUUCUGACCUGGAAACAGAGGUAACUAGUGGCGAUGAGGUGAUAACCCCUCAAUCUACAUUUAAAGUGUUUAUUAACUAAAUAUAUUACACCUGACAACUGAUCAUACAGUUCAGAGCAAAUACACAAGGCAACAAUAUACAAUAAUACACAGAACCAAAACUUAACCUGUCUUCUCAUCGCAACACAACUCUCCUUCAGCACACACAGCGGACACUGUUGUUGACACACACAGUGCUUGUUCUCAAGUCAAUGAAGCCUCCAUUUUUUACGCUGUCAGUGUGAUGUGAAAUAGCUUUGUGUGUAAAUGACCCCUGGUUUCCUCUGUUUCCAGGUCAGUCUGUAUGAGAUGACCAGUGUACCCCGUGGUCUCUGUUUGAUCAUCAACAACGAGAUCUUUGAUAAACUGCGUGAAAGAACAGGAACAAACAAGGAUGCUGGUAUGUCAACGUUUUAUCCUCAAAAACAAGCCUCAUUUCUCUAUUACAACAUCUGACCAGCUUGCUCUUUUGCUGAUUCAGCUGAUUAUCAUGAUUUGAUGUGAUAGAAUGAGGAUACAGUGAAGUGAGAGGCCUGGUUGUUAAGUGUCUUGUCUUCUCCUACAGUGGAUCUGGCUAACAUAUUCAGCCGGCUGAAGUUCAGGGUGGUGAUGUGCAAGGACAAGACUGCAGUGGAGAUUCCCAGUGUGCUGAAGGUCUUCUCUGAGCUGAAGCAGUUAUCUGAUCUGCAACCGUACGAUGUGAAGGAGUGGGUCGGUGGUCAGUUCACUGAUCUAAAGGAUCUUCCUAAGCAUGGCGACGCCUUCGUCUGCUGCAUUCUGAGUCAUGGAAAAAAGGAGGGUGUCUGUGGCACAGAUGGAACAGUUGUCCCCACCAUUGAUAUCCUCUCACCUUUCAACGGCACAAACUGUCGCAUCCUUGUUGAAAAGCCGAAGCUGUUCUUCAUCCAGGCUUGUCGGGGCUCGACCUACAGGAGGGAGUGCCAGUGAACAAAAAGCUUAAAGUUGAAAGGAGGGACGGGGAACUGGAUACAGAUGACGGACAAAUCCAAGACUACACCCUUCCACUAUACUCAGACUACCUGGUUUUCAUGGCCAACGUAGAUCAGUAUCUCUCCAUCAGGAGCCCAACCUCUGGGUCCUGGUUCAUCCAGUCUCUGUGUGGCCAGCUUGAGAAAAUAUGCACCAGGUAACAUCAGCUUGGAGUUCACUGCACAUCAUGUUCAUGUCCUAAAUUAGUUUGUGUUCUCUGUUGAAUGCUUGUGUUGACUUGUGUGUUCAUCUCAAUUUAUGGUGUGUCUCCUGUCUCUGCAGAGGGAAAAACAUCUAUGAGAUCCUCACAGGGGUCAAAGCCGAGGUGAGCAAGAAAGAAGGUGACCUUCGUGUUAAAGAUGCUAACGGUUGUUAUGGCUACGAGGUGGUCAAGCAAUCACCAGAUUCUAGAGACACCCUGACCAAGACACUCAUCUUUCCUGCUGAGACCACGCCUUCUUCC